AUGACAUUCGGACGACGAAGACAUCAUGGCCCACCACGGAACUCCAUAUCGCCCGUCACCCGGGACUGCUGUGAAAUCAUUGGUCCACAGCUGUGUUAUGAGUGCCGUAAAAACCGGAUACGCGUGGUGAGCCGUCAGCGUUCAGAUAUCUAUUUUCCAGUGCUAGAGCCAACCGAAGAUCACGUGACUACUGCCGCCAUCUGCCGGAAGUACCUCCCGGAGCUUUCGGAACCGGAAAUAGAAACCAAGAUCGCCCGCGGGGAGAUAGCGCGCCCGUCUAUGUUCCGAAAGCAAGCGAAACAGUUGGAGUUUUCUGAUGAGGAAGUGGACGCAAAGCCUAAGUUUACGAAUAAAAAGGUAACGAUUGUUGACCAUAAUAGUGUCAGGAGUAAAUCCCAGACGGAUUUAACCCGAAGGCAGCCGAAUGAGCUAUUUUUCACAAACAUACGUGACUUGAAUAAUAAAAUUGUGAAAGGAAAUGUGGAACGCAAUGUCGGCUUCUCUAACGCAGUUAAGCAAGUAAUAAAGACUACUAGGACUCAACAUGCUGUUAAAAAUAUGUACCCUGCGUUUGUUAGUCCAAGAAAAGUUGUACUAUUAAAAGAAACGAAUUACAAAACAUUCUUUGACCCUCCAUUAAUCGCGAAAGAAAAACAAUCCUCUGAGCCAUCAUUUUUCGCUGGAUCGAGCGGGGAGUACAAGCUUCCGGACAAACUUCCCGACGACCUCGUAUUUGUGGAUAAAGACGGAAAUGAGGUAUCCGCGAGUAGCGCCGCCGGACUCACCAACCGGCUCGCCAUGGUCGAUGAGGUGCCGACUGCAAAAGUCGAACGCGUCACCAUUGCGCCUGCGGGAGUCGGUGACUUGGGAUGUCUUGAAGAAGGCGAAGAGGAGGAGGAGGAGGCGCCCCUUCAAUCCGACACCGACGAAACUGUAAAGGCUUCUGAAACAUCUGAAAGCAUUGGCGACCCGAGUGACACGAUUUCAAGCUAACAAAUAAGAACAUUUUAUAAGCUGAACAAGGAGUCUGAACAUGAACACAUGCUAGUGAACAAGUUAAAUAUGACAUAAUUAAUAUCUUUUGAAUUGAUGAAUCGUCGGAUAUCCAGCCACAAAAGUGAAUAGAUGACAAGCGAAUAUAAAACAAAUAAUCGUGUAUAUUUUUAUGACAAACAGUUAUUAUUUUCUUCAACAAUGCUCAACCCAAUUAAUUAGCAGGAUAGCCAAGGGAGACCACUGUGAUAAAGCGUACAAACUCGCGCCAAAAUUAAUUCAAUUGUGCAUUGCGUUUAUUAUUAUUAUUGUAUGAUAAUGGUUUAGUUUCCUUUUAUACAAAGUGUUAUAAAGGUUCAUGUGCACUCAUAAUAUCUAAGGUUCUUUGUUGAAUAUUAAACGAUGCGAUGAAGUUUUUUUAACUCAGUAUUUUAUUUUUGACAUAAAACAACAUUUUCAGUAUUUUUCUUUUAGAUUUUUUAAAUCUUUAUUAUUCUAUACGGAUGUUGAUGCCUGCUAUGUGCGGAAUGUGUUGUUGUAGUACAGUAAAGUAAAAUCAGAAAAACGUUAUUCUGUUUUCUUUUGUAUGGUUUUCUAAGAAAACCAGUGAUAUGUCAUUUCACCGCCUUAACAAGACAUAACGUAAUGU